GGAAGGGGGGGGAUUUCCAAGCCGCCGCUCCUCGCAGUUUCCUCUCCUUGUUUUGCUUUCGAUCUGGCCCUUUCUCAGCCCAAGCGGCGAGGCAGGAACUUUUAGUUUUGCUCCUGCGAUUAUUCAGCGGGCGGUUUUCAUUUCCACUUCGCCUCCCCUGGCAACGGCGGCACCUGGAGGGAACAUUUAAAUCCCGGCGCGCCGAGGUAACCAUGCCUGUGGAAAGAAUGCGGAUGCGCCCCUGGCUGGAGGAGCAAAUAAAUUCUAACACAAUACCAGGGCUAAAAUGGCUAAAUAAGAUCUGUUAGUCUAAGAGAGCGCACACAAGCAGUCUAGGAGGAGAGACAGAAGAGGAAAGACAAUGGUGUUGAAGGAAGAGAAGAGCAAAACCCAGGAACUACGGAGAGAAGAAGAUUUUUCAGAUUCCCUGGAUGCAUGCUGCACGGCAUGGGUGGGAUGUUGAAAAAGAUGCUCCUUUAUUUAGAAACUGGGCAAUUCACACAGGAAAAUUUCAACAAGGAGUUGAUAAACCUGAUCCAAAAACAUGGAAGGCAAACUUCCGGUGUGCCAUGAACUCUUUGCCUGACAUAGAAGAAGUGAAAGACAAAAGUAUAAAGAAAGGAAACAAUGCCUUCAGGGUCUACAGGAUGCUGCCUUUAUCUGAAAGGCCUUCAAAAAAAGGAAAAAAGACAAAGACUGAGAAGGACGAUAAAUUCAAACAAAUUAAGGGCACUAAUCACCUGAGAAGUGGAAAACCUAUUUACAGAUCCCCCCCCACCCUGCCUGAUUUGAGACAAGGGCUUGAACUGAGGUCUUUUCCAUCACAAGAGAGUGCCCUGCUGCCCGACUGUGGCUAUUUUAGGCAAGAGCCAGUAGAAUCGUCUUUUGAACGGACUAAUGGGAUAAGUGAGGUCACAUCUGACUACUUCCUGUCCUCCAGUAUAAAAAAUGAAGCUGACAGUAUGGUGAACAUUGUAGUUGUAGGUCAGUCCCCCUUGGACGGCAGUACUGAAGAGCAGAUGAUUGUCGCCAAUCCUCCAGAUGUUUGCCAAGUGGUAGAGGUGACAACAGAGAGUGAUGAGCAGCCUCUGAGCAUAAGUCAGUUGUACCCCCUGCAGAUCUCCCCAGUCUCCUCGUAUGCAGAAAGUGAAACGACAGACAGCAUUCCCAGUGAUGAAGAAAAUGCAGAGGGACGGCUUCACUGGCAAAAGAAAAACAUCGAAGGCAAACAAUACUUGAGCAAUAUGGGGAUGAGGAACCCUUCCCAUCUGCUUCCUAGUAUGGCUACCUUUGUGACUUCUAACAAGCCUGACCUCCAGGUCACCAUCAAAGAAGAACCCUGUUCACUGCCUUACUCCUGGCCCGCCUUCCCAGAUAUCCCUCUCCCACAAGUAGUGUCUACAGCUUCUACCAGCAGUAACAGGCCAGAUCGGGAGGCACGGGCUAGCGUCAUCAAGAAAACAUCAGACAUCACCCAGUCAAGAGUCAAGAGCUGCUAAGCCUUUGGCUGUGUGUUUUUUAGCUUUUUUUUGUUUUUGUAUUUUAUGUUUCUCUAGAAGAGGUGCAUCUCUGAUGCACAUUAGACAAAUCUAAGGGAAAGCCUUGAUUAUAUAGAACAUUGCUGUGGCCGACUCCAGUACUGGAGUUUUCUUAACUCAGGAUUCCAGCCAUCAGUAUGUAUACCUGAAACCAGAUGGAUUUACAAGGUUACUGCAUAGGAAAACAGAACUCUGGCCCACUUAUAUAAGUUCCAGUACUGCAUAAGAGGACCAACAACCACAAGUGAAGUGGUGCUGAUGCACUUCUUACAGUCAAGGCUGUGAUGGAACUGAAAGCCUCAGAAUGGAAGAGAAAAUGUGAAGUAGCUGGAAUAUUUUUAAAUAAAGAUCUAUUGUGAAUAUGUACAUAGUGCAGCACUAGCAAACGUUGCAGUCUGCUUCUGCACCUUAUUAAAAAGCACUUACAAAAAGGCCUUCUAUUACCUUGCUCGAAUUAAUGGCACAUUCAAGGUCCCCACUUUUACCUGUAUUCUUUUCCAAGCUAUUCUUGUUAAUAUGUCUUUGAGGAGGAGGGUAAAGAAAAGGAAGGUAAAACUUCCCAAGUGGAUUUCAUACAAUUUAAGAUUGCUUUUCUCAUGUUUGUUUCUAAUCUUCUAUGCUUGAAUGCUGCGUGGUACAAUAGGAAAGAAAAAAAGAAAACUAUUACAGAGAUAUUAUGCAAAUAUCCAGAUUUAGAAAAGAAAAAUACUCUAAUUCUAACCAGAGCAAGCUUUUUUAUUUUUAUACAGGGGAAUAUUUUAUUCAAAGUAAAAUUCUAAAGUGAAUAUAAUUGUUUUUUUUUAAUCUUUUCUACAGCAAAUUUAUAAUUUUAAGAUUCAGUUCUUGGUUAUUGGCAGUUAUUACAUCCUUGUGGCACAUUUUUUUUUAAUUUUGUAAAGAUAAAAUAGCUUUUAUGAGCUCAUGUAGCAAUCAAAUUAUCCUGUGGAUUGAUAAUAAAU